CCAACUCUUACCGAUCACCUUUUAUUCUUUUAUUCCGAUCGUAACAAGAUCUCUAGUUGUUGAGUCGCUAAUUUUCAUCCAUCGCCAUUUAAAUAAUUAACAUUGGAAAGUUAAUCUUGAUCAUCAUUGAUCACAUAUAGUUUUUUUUAAUAAUAUAAACAUAAACAACAAUAUGUUGAGUUCUUCGGGUCAUCACGAUGCGACUCGUAUUGGACAGGAAAAUGUAGCAGAGAAGAGGAGAUUGACCAUUAUUUCCAUUGUAGUGGUGGCCAUCCUGACUAUAAUUGUGGCUGGUGUAACCAUUUGGGCAACCUAUUUAAUUCGUGGAUGGGAUGGAGUUAUAGAAGAUGAUGGUGUAAAGACUUAUCCAUACAGAUUACCCGAUACUAUUCUUCCUCGUCAUUAUGAUAUUGAAAUUGAAGCAUUGUUGGAUGGUGCUACUACUUUUAAUGGAGUGGUUUCUAUUAGAUUGGAAGUUACUACAGAAACUAAUGUUGUAGAGUUGAGUGCUGAGGAAAUGCAAUUCGUGGCAAUUAUCAAAGCAACAGAAGAUCAAAAGAAGCAACAUGCUAAAAAUGGUGUUCUUCCAGCAGUAGAUGGUAAAUUAGCAGGUAUUUCUAUUAAGAGUGAAAAGACAUCUUCAGAAGUAGUAUUAAGUGGAUUUUCAACUGCAGUUUUGGAAAAGUAUAGAAAGAUUCAAGUUCAUACAAAGAAUAAUCUUGAAAAGGGAGCUUUUUAUAUUUUGAGAAUUGAAUAUCAAGCUCCAAUUAGAACUGAUAUGAGAGGAUUUUAUUCUAGUAAGGCAGCAGAUGGAUCUACUGUAUUGUCAACUCAAUUUGAAAGUGAAGAUGGUAGAGCUGCUAUUCCUUUAUUUGAUGAACCAAAAUUCAAAGCUACCUAUCAAAUGACAAUUACCACAAAAUUGAAGGAUGAAAAAACAAGAGUUUUAUUUAACACUGAUGAAAUUGAAAGAACAAACCUCCCUGAUGGAAGAGUUAAAGUUAAAUUUGACAAGACUCCACUCAUGUCUACCUAUUUGAUUGCUUUCAUUAUUGGACAAUAUGAUUAUAUUGAAAAAACUGAUGGAAAGAUUAGACAUAGAAUUUAUACACCUGUUGGUAAAUCAGAACAAGGUAGAGCUGCUCUUGAAGCUUCCAUCAAGGUCACCAAAUUCUUCCAAGAUCUCUAUCAAGUUGAAUACCCAAUUAACAAGAUGGAUCACAUUUCAAUUCCAUCCUUUGCAAGUGGUGCUAUGGAAAAUUUUGGAUUAAUUACCUAUCGUGAAACUUAUAUUAUUUUCGAUAAUGCUACAGCUUCACAACUCGAUAAGGAAAAUGGUAUUGAAGUUGUGAGUCAUGAAAUUUCUCACCAAUUCAAUGGAAAUAUUAUCACUUGUGCAUUUUGGACUCACCUCUGGUUGAAUGAAGGUUUUGCCACAUUCAUGGAAACAUACGCCUUGGAUAAGACCUAUCCUGAUUGGAAGAGAGGUUUGAAAAAGCUCACCAAUAGUGUUAUUUAUGCUGCUGAUGCUGAUUCUGUUCCAAGUGCUGAUCCUAUUGUGAGAUUAUAUGACAAGAUUCAAUCUAAGGAUGAAAUUGAUUCCUUGUUCAAUUCCAUUACCUACGACAAGGGUGGUGCUGUAUUGAGUAUGUUCUUCAAUUAUUUGGGAGAAGACAAGUUCGUGCAAUGGAUUCGUUCCUACUUUGCCAAGUACAAGAAUCAAAAUGCUGAAACUAAGCAAUUAUUGGAACUUCUUCCUGUACAAAAUGUUCAAGAAACUGCUACCAACUUUGGUACAUGGUUACAUCAACCAGGUAUGCCAAUCGUUCAAGUCAAUGAAAAUGCUGAUGGCACUAUUUCUCUCUCACAAAACAGAUUCUUUUCAUAUGCAAAUGCAACACAAGUUGACCAAUUUAAAAAUUCAACAUGGUGGAUUCCAUUAACAUAUGUAACCUCUGCUGAUGGAGAUGUUAAAAAGGUUGAAAUGUCCAGUAAGGUUCCAUCAUUGAAGAUUACUGAUAAGGUUUACAAGUUUAACUAUCACAAGACUGGUUUCUACCGUGUCAAUUACUCAACCAAGAUGUGGAAGAAUUUAAUUGCCAAGAUUGAAGAUUUUGACACUGAGGAUAGAUUUGAUCUUUUCAAUGACAUUUUUUCUAUUGCCACAUCAACUGUUGAAAAUAUUGAUUCCUCUUUAAUGUUUGAAAUGCUUCUUGCUUUGAAGAAUGAUGACACUAGUAUUUUGUGGGAAAAUAUGUAUCAAUCCAUUCUCAAACUUCAUCAAUUGUUGGCCGCCGAAAGUGUUUCAAACUCAUUCUCUAGAAUGGUAAAAGAUUUGGUUAAAAACAAGUAUGAAUCAAUUGGAUGGACCAAUGUACCAGGAGCAGAUGAAGAUGAGGAAAAUCUUGAUGAGUUACGUCCAUUUGUUCUCAAUUUGGCCUGUCGUUUUGGUCUCACUGAAUGUGUCACUGAAGCCUUUAAACGUUAUCAAGAAAGAAACUCAACCAUUAUUCCUCCAAUUCUUCGUAAUGCUGUUUAUAGAGCUGUUGUUUCUAAUGGUGGAGAACGUGAAUAUUAUCAAAUUUUGAAUCAAUUCAAAGCUGAGCAAGAUUCUGUGGAAAGAACCAAGUUAAUGUAUGCACUUGCAUACACUCAACAAAUUCCACUCUUGCAAACGACUUUGGAUUUGGCCCUUUCUCCACAUGUUAAGCCACAAGAUAGUAUCUUCCUUAUUAGAGAAGUUGCAAGAAAUGUACCAAGUGGACCAAACGUUGCUUGGAAUUUUGUCAGAACUAGAUAUGAUGCCAUUCUCUCAAAAUGCGGACAAGAUCAAGUCAGUAAUAGAUUAGUAUAUGGGGUUGGUUCUCUAUUCACUAAUAUCUUUGAAAGGGAUGAAUUGAUUCAAUUUUUUGCUCCAAAUAUUGAAAAAUUGAGCAUGAAGCAUUAUUCGAAUACUUUGGAAGCUAUUGAAAAGAAUGCCAAAUUCCUUUCUAAACAUUUACCUGCUAUCAAUACCUAUCUUACUGAAAAGUAUCCACCACAAACAUUGUAAAUUAGCACUCAAUAAAUUAUUAGUCUUUCUUUUGUUGUAAA